GGACUGAACACAGCUCUCCCCGUGCCGUGCCUCACAUGUAGCCAUCUACUCCCGUAGCUGGGCCAGUGCUUCCGGACUAUCUGUCCGCUUGACAGGCUGACAAGUCAGGUUUGGGGGCGCCUGACACCCAGUCUCUCCAUCAUGGUCCUCCCGCUAGACACUAAAAGUCCGCCAAUAGUCUUCUCCACCGGCCUCCUUACACGGCUUAACUUCCAGAAGUCGCCUUCCAUUAGCCGUCACUCCCGCGUCCACGGGCGCCGCUGGAUCCACAAUGACGCUCUCCCAAUCCUCCUCAAGCCAUCCAGUCUGUCGUCUCUCAAAAUUUCCCCAGCCGCCAGGAAUAUCCGCCCCACGCUCCUCACCUCCAGACUUGAUCCACCCUUCAGUGCAUUCUUUGAUCACAGCAACGAUCUCCCGCACCUCCGUCAGAACGCGGACGAUGGCUGCGCAGGUCGGGCAUGCGGGAAUCAGCUUGACUUUCCCUUCAUCUCUAAAUGCGGCCGCAUCCUCGGGAUCAUCAGGGAAAGGUUCGCCGCGCCCUUCUCGUUUUCUCGUAUCCGAGAGAGACUAAUGUUUGGGGACCCAUCGUGGCGGCCGUGGAUUGCAUGUGAACAUGUUGGUGAGCAGCCAACAUGGAAAAUACGGCAGUGGUAGGGUUCUUCUAUUGUGGUUGUUGUGGUUGUUAUGGUUGUUGUGGUUGCUGUGGUUGCU